AUGUCUCUUGUUCUCUUCCUGACCCUCUGUUUGGGAAUAGCCUCAGCUGCUCCAACUCUGGACCCUAAUCUUGAUGCUCAAUGGCACCAGUGGAAGACAAAACAUGGGAAAAAAUAUAACACUAGUGAGGAGGAACAUAGAAGAGGAGUAUGGGAGAAUAAUAUGCAAAUUAUCAAGCUGCACAAUAAGGAAUACAGCGAGGGGAAGCAUAGCUUCACUAUGGAGAUGAACGCCUUUGGUGACAUGACAAGUACAGAAUUUAGAAGAAAAAUGACUGGCCUUCAAAACCAAGUAAUAAAGAAGGGGAAAACUUUCCAGAAACGUCAAACUCUUGACCUACCCAAGUCUGUGGACUGGAGAAAGCAGGGAUAUGUGAGUCCUGUGAAGAUGCAGGGUUUCUGUAAUUCUUGCUGGGCUUUUAGUGCAGCUGGAGCCCUAGAAGGACAGAUGUUCCGGAAAACAGGCCAAUUGGUUGAACUGAGUGUACAAAACCUAGUGGACUGUUCUCGAGGUCACGGCAAUUUUGCCUGCAUAGGUGGCCGAAUGGAGUAUGCUUUCAACUAUGUGAGGGACAACGGAGGCCUAAACACAGAGGAAUCCUACCCUUAUGAAGAACAGGAGGGACCCUGCAGGUACAGACCUGAGAAUUCUGCUGUUAAUGUCAAAGGCUUUGUGUAUGUUCCAAGUAAUGAGGCAGCUCUGAUGAAUGCUGUGGCAACUGUGGGGCCGAUUUCUGCUGCAAUUAAUAUGGCUUUUGAAUCCUUCCAAUUUUAUACUGGAGGCAUUUAUUAUGAACCAGGCUGCACUGACACUUUUGUGAAUCAUGCUGUUCUGGUGGUUGGCUAUGGCUUUGAAGGAGAGGAAUCGGAUGGCAAUCACUACUGGCUGAUCAAGAACAGCUGGGGUAGAUAUUGGGGCAUUGAUGGCUACAUGAAGUUAGCCAAAGACAGAAACAACCACUGUGGGAUUGCCACAUUACCCAGCUACCCCUCCGUGUGA